AUGACAUGCAUCGUUGUCUUCAGCUUCAACUUUGCAGCAGUACCGACAAUGUCAUCAUUCCCGGGUCACCACAAUAUGGACUCUGCAGAACCAGCAGCCACCAGCGAGAUCCGGCCAUCGUCUGCACGGACCCAGAUACGUGAGAGAGGAGCAAUCGCAAUCCUGUCCAAGUCUCCGGAGACACAGACAUGGGGUUCAACAGCACCAGUAACUCCUAAGAGCAUACUGGAAACAAAUGAAAUGAGGAAGUUAAUUGAACUUUUUGAUGUCAAAAUAACCGAAGAGGAGAGAUAUUCAUUUAAGAAUCUUCUUGAAAUCUUUAUGAAAACCGUGCCAUCGAACAUUAAGUAUUUUUUGUAUUCCGGGUCGCUGCUUGGUUCUUAUCGUCAUCACGGCAUGAUUCCCUGGGAUGACGACCUUGACCUUGUGGUGCGAGCUACGGAUGCACGGCGAUUGGUCACUUCACUGUCCAAACUUGAACCAUAUUUUAUUGUGAAUCAAGGUAACUCUUACCGAUGGAAGUUUUAUCAUCGAAAUGCUUCCAAUGCACGUGGGUUUUCGUGGAAAUGGCCGUCGAUAGACAUAAGCUUUUAUAAAGAAAAUAGGACCUACAUUCGUGAUUCAGAUCCAAGUUACUCUCGUUUUGUGUUUAAACGGAAUGACGUAUUUCCCCUGGACAAGCGGCCUUUCAUGGGCCUCCUUCUGCCCACACCGAGGAAUACAGAUGUCGUCAUACUCCAAACCUACAACAUCAGCAUCUGUGAGAACAAGCAUUAUGAUCACAGAUUGGAACAUUAUGUCCCUAGGCACAAAUGGGCAACUCUACCGUGUGGCCUGUUGAAGGCAAUCUACCCGUUUGUUCGUCGGGAAUACAGCUCUAACGGUACCCUUGAGAUACUCGAGAGGAAUAACACGCGCAUUGGAGAGUACUUCCUCAAACAAAGGGACUAA